AUAUUACAGUAUACUGUAUUUACUAGUCACAGUGCUGAUAAAAAGUUUACGUGUUAUAUAUAUGUACGGUGGCGGAAGAUGAGUUGCAGGCAGUGUGUAUUGCGGGCGACGGGUUGCAAGUGUAGCGUCAGCAAGUGCGAGUUGAGUGGUCGUGUCUCUUACGUGAUCCCAGGACACUCCCUGCAGGCGCUACUCCUUAGUGUCUGCUAACUGUUGACAUGAACGAUGGCUGGCUCUGUAUGCAGCAAGAGCAAAGAAGUAGAUGACUUUCCUGACACACUCAUAGACUUUGGAUAUGAAUUUGGCAAAGAUGGGAAGUUGAAAAGUAUAGAAACUGGAGAAGAAUUUCAAUUUGUGGUUCGAGAAGGAGACCAGUCUUACAAUCAGAAACACUAUGAAGCUCUUGGUGAGGUCUUGACAGAAGAAGUGUACAAAUAUCUUGAGAAAGAUUGCAAGCUGAAAAGAGUUCCAGUCCCAUUUAAUGCAAAUGAUGAUGAACCAAGUACAUUUAUUUUUAUAUCUGAAGAUGCAAUGUCGAAUCCAGAGAAGAUUUUAGUUUUGAUCCAUGGUAGUGGAGUGGUUCGUGCUGGACAAUGGUCCCGAAGAUUGAUUAUAAAUGAUUCACUAGAUUCAGGAACACAGAUUCCAUUUAUCAAGAAAGCACAAGAAGAAGGUUAUGGUAUAAUAGUAAUGAAUACAAAUGACAACUAUCGGACUAACAGAAAAAAGAACAGAAGCAGAAUAAGGGGCAGUGAGAAUCCAGAUAAUCAUGCUUUGCAUGUGUGGGACAACUACAUCCGAGAUUCCAAAGCAAAACAUAUUGGCAUUAUUGCACACAGCUAUGGAGGAUGUGUUACAACUAAUCUGUUUACACGCAAAAAGGAUGAAUUUGUGAAGCGAGUGUUUGCAGUAGCAAUGACCGACUCUGUCCACUUCAUACCCAGUCCUGUAGCAUUCAAGGAAUUAGUCAAAGUAUCUUGCAAUUGGGUUUGCAGCCAACAUCCACUGGACACACCAGUUUCCACACAACCAGGAGACAUCAGAAGAGUAUCUUCAGGUGUGACCAUACACGAGAUGACAUCUUGGGCCAGUUUCGGUAGCAUCUUCAAGUUCCUGAGGCAGCGUCUGGACGCCGCGCCGCGUGCCGACGAUGUCGAAGACGGUGGUGAUGAUUAUUUAGUUUUCGCCAAAGAUGGCGAAAACGCUCCCGCAAAUGACGGCGACACCGGCGGCGAUGAUGGGGCCGCUGGCACCGAUGAUGGUGACGCUGGCGCCAAUGGUGGUGACGCUGGCGCUAGUGAAGGUGACACUGGCGCCAAUGAUGGUGACACUGGCACCAAUGAUGGAGACGAUGUGUGCGAUUACUUCAUUUUCGCCAAAGCUGGAGAGACUGAUACCGUUGAUGAUGAAGGCGAAGGGUCGCCUAAAAAGUGUGGGCACUCGGGGGACAGUAAAGAGGACGACACAGGAGUCACCCGCACAAGUGAGAGUCAGAGUGACAGAGCUGAGGGUGAGGGCGCCACGACAGGGUAUGGCGGUCAUGAUAUCAGUGAUGACGAGCAGAAAGCGGAGGCCGACAAGAAGAAAAUGAAACUGAAUACAUAGACGAUGAUAGUGACGAUAGUGUUGACUGUGAGUGUAGGUGACGGUGACGUAGCCCGGAAUAAUUAUGGUGAGUAUCAAACUUGUCAGGGUGCUCUUAAUGACGGCGCUGGUGGUUCGAAGCAAUUGUUUUGAUUUUAGUGUUCCAUAAUUGAUUAUUUGAGAGUGAUAGAGGGCAAUAUUUGUCUUGAUUUCCGGUUCUAAGAGAUAUUGAGGACAGUUAUUUAAAUAUAAGUUUUUAACGAGAUAUAACAGUGAUUCAAAUAAAAGUUUUAACGAGAUAUAACAGUGAUUCAAAUAAAAGUUUUAACGAGAUAUAACAGUGAUUCAAAUAAAAGUUUUAACGGGAUAUAACAGUGAUUCAAAUAUAAGUUUUAACGGGAUAUAACAGUGAUUCAAAUAUAAGUUUUAACGAUAUAUAACAGUGAUUCAAAUAUAAGUUUUAACGAUAUAUAAAAGUGAUUGAAAGACAAAAGUUUUUAAUGGUCAGGAAAUCCCUAGCGGAAAACGAGAUUCAAAAUAAGGCUAGGCUAGUGUGAAUGCUGCCAUAAUACAACCUAACCACAAUAAAAUUAUUGCCGAAAUAAAACAAAUGAAAUGAAUUACGUUUGCAUUGUUCAACCAAGACUUUCCAGCAGAGGCUUCACGUGAAAUUUUUAUGAGGUGUGUGUGGGGCCAGUUGAUUGGUCUGUUGGUAGUGGAGUGAACCUUUUCAUUAGUCCCAAGAUUUGUUGUAAGGUCCCACAGUGGAUUUUUAAGAAUUCUUUUGUCAAUCAUAAUCUCAGUUUUUACAACUAAAUACUGUACCAUAUUUUAUAAGGAGGUUUACUUAUGCAUGGUGAUUAUUACUCAUAUGUGACUAAUUACAAGCUUGUCAUCGUGACAAUUUGUUGUUAUGCAAAAGAAAUUGAGUAGUAUAUUAAUAAGUAAGCAGUAGUUUACAGUUUUAUUUUAAUUUAUUAAUUAGCAUAUCAUUACUCUGUUAUCAGCAACUAUUAAAGCCUCACAUCAAAAUGAAGUCAGGAGUGGGAACAACAAUUUUAACGUCGACUGAUUUUCACCAUCUUGUAAACAUUGUUGCUGCCCCGAAAUUCAUUAUUCCACAAGUUUCAUGUAUCAUUAGAGAACCUUGGCUCAAAUUCUAAAACCUAUUAUUAAAAGUUUACCAGGAC